UCAUCACAUAUGUAUUUUUCUGAUGAAAUUUCAAACCCUACACCGACCCUAGCAUACAUACCGCUUGGCAAUAAUACAUACCGGUAACGCGUUUCGUUUAAAAAGCUCGGGUUCCAAGUUUGAAACACUCCUACGGUCGUUCCUUUAUAUUUCAUUCUUCCUCUGUGCCACCUUUGCUGUCUCUUCUUUCACUUUUGGGUCUCUCCCUCUUUGCCUUUGCUUCUAUAGUCCAGAGCAACCUCGGGCUCCACAACAUAAAUUGACGUUCAUUCAUCCAUCUAUCCGUCCAUCCAUCCAUUCACUAUCAUUCAUGACUCGCCUCGCAUUCUUCGUUGCUCUGCUCCCGAGUUUGAGCUUAGUAUUCGCUCAGGAUUUAGGUGUUCCGACUACAUGGAGGGAAUUCAACAACUCCCGCCUCCUAGCUGAACGUAUAUCAAUCGCGAAAUCCGCGAUCGACACUAUUCUUCCUCAGUUGGAUACGUCUAAUGGCCAGUUCGAUGGCAUCGGCUUCUGGCAAUCCGCCAACGUCUUCUCCUCCAUGGCGAAUUUCGACCAUCUGGCUAGUUCGACGGUGUAUAAGGACCAAGUCAUCAAUGGCCUCACGGCGGCUUACAAGACCUACCCGAACUUCGAUCCGAAUGGGUACAAUGAUGAUGCGAUGUGGUGGGCAACGGCUUCAUACUAUGCCUACAGAGCAUACGGGGACUCGACGAUGUUAUCUAUGGCUGUCGCGAUCUGGACCCGUGUGUCGAAUUAUGUCGUCUCGGUAGCAGACGCUAAAGCAGGAAAACAACCGAACAAGGAUUUCACGAUUGCUGGGACGUGUUAUGGAGAAACUAUGGCUGGGGGUGUUUUCUGGCGUCCGACAAGUGAUGAUACAGGCAUCAACUCGAUCACUACUGGCUUAUACACCACCCUCUCCGCCUACCUCGCCGAAACCACAGGCGACUCUACCUACACCGCCGCCGCCACCCUCAGCGCUCAAUGGAUCCAAAACCUCCAAAUCAGCUCCAGUGGAAUCAUCCUAGACGGCGUCAGCGGAGCCGACUGCACACGCACAGCCGCGAGCUGGCUGUUCACGUAUAAUUCCGGGAAAUACAUCGAGGGGUUGAGUGUGUUGAAGGAUGUUACGGGGGCUGCUAUUUGGAAGUCGCUAAUGACCAACAUCACCGCUGCUGCUGUGAAAUCACCUGUUUGGCAAGGAAGCAAUGGGAUUAUCACUGAAGGUGCUAGUAAGACGUCGGAUAAUGAUGGUGUUGGGUUCAAAGCCAUCUUCAUCCGAGGCCUCGACGAAGUCAGCGUUCGCUCCGCAGACAACAGCGCUCUCCAAAUCCUCAUCCACAGUUAUAACGAUGUCCAGUACAACGCGCUCCUGGAACUCGCCGCAAACGGUACUUCGUACUCGCCUUCGUGGCCUGGACCCGCUCAGGAGUUCACUACGUGGGGUCAGAUGGCUGCGUUGGAUGUGAUGGUUACAGCGAUCAACACGAAUUCGCCGUGAAUCUCGACGUCGGAUGCGCCGAGUGCUUCGAGUUCCUCGACCUCGAUUACUUGGAGUUCUGGUUCUCCUAGUAGUUCGAGUACACCGGGUGCUUCGGAUACCCCGACAGCCGCAAAUCAAGUUCAAAAAAACCAUGCACGCAAAAAUACUCCAGUUCAUUCGAUGUCUGGAUUCCACCUCGGGCUUGGACUUGGGCUUGGGCUUGGACUUUUCUUUAUGGGAGGACUACGCCGUUGCUGAGUUUUAUAAUUAUUUAUUGGUUUAUCUACAUUAUUUAUCUUCACUUUCAGCAAUUGCUGUAUAUAAUAUAUACCUCUUUUGUAAGUAAAUAUGUCUGUCGUUACUGUACUAGGUCAAUGUCUAUCUUUAUGAUGUUGA